UUGACGUCAUAGCAGUUGUCGAUGGCUCUGGUAGUAUCACCGCGAAAGACUUUAAAGAAGUUAAGGGAUUUUUAAAAGAUUUUGUUACUUUUCUUGUUGUGAGUCCAUCUGUUCGGUUCGGCGUGAUCGUCUACAGUAGUGACGUACGAGAUGUCAUUCCAUUAUCAGGCGAUGAAAGUUAUCUGAAUAAAACAAUAGAUAAUCUUAUACAACCAGGAGGAUUAACACGCACCUACCUGGGUAUAGCCAGAAUGAUUCAGAUGUUCAGUAAUUCUUCAAGCUCUAAAGUUGGCAUUGUUAUCACCGAUGGGAAAUCAAGCAGUACGUCUGCAACUCUGACUGAAGCAAAAAAUGCCAAAGACCAGAACAUUAAUAUGUUUGCCAUCGGAGUCGGAACCAAUAUUGAUAACCAGGAACUAAAUGGUAUAGCCUCAUCAACUGGCCAAGUAUUACUUGUCGCCAAUUACACAUUACUUGCCCAACAGAUAAAAAGUCUAGUGGACGAAAUUUGUGAAACUACUAAUCCAUGUGAUGGUUGUAAAAUGGCUAACGGUAUUGGAUACAACCCACAUACAGAUUGUGAUAAGUACAUUCAAUGUGAAUUUACAGCAAAUUUCACCUUACACCAACACCACGUAAAACAAUGUGGAUAUGGAACUUUCUGGAAUCAAGAUAAACUGACCUGUAAUCAUAUUGGCAAUGUCGCUUGUGAUAAAGCACCCUGA